GAGUUGCGCAAAGGAAAACAAUCCCAAAGAAUCUAUUACACUGCGAAGCCAUUAACAUCCAAUACAGAGAAUCUGGUUGAAAAGAGAAGAGAGUUUGGAUUCGCCGAUUGUACACCAAACCAAAGAACUCUAAUGUUUAUGGUAUAAUUUAUAAUUAAAUAUGGAUUCCAUCGCCCAGUCUCAGAGGAAAGGAAACUCCGUCGUUCAUGUUAGAGAAGACUCGGAGAGUGAUCUGGAGAACCUUUUCAAUCCAGCAAUUUUGAGUCAACCGUCUGUUCCGAUGCGGUUGAGGAAACUACCUCCAUCUUUCUUUAAACAGCCUGUGCAGUCGCAUGGACCGUUUGCCAAUCGGCCUGGUGGCGAUGGGGCCAAAGAUCCCAAUGAAAUGGGGUCGGCUGUCUACCAUUCGAGAGCCCAUUCCUCACCAGCUUCUCUAGGCCUUUUAGUCCAUCAUCAACAACAAAAUCCACAAAGGUUAUCUCCGGCUCAUCAAAGAACCCAAUCAUAUGAUGCGCUCGAAAAUGAAAACCUCCCACCUGGAUGGGAAGCAAGAACGACGGCCACCGGCCAGAAAUAUUACGUAAACCAUGUUGAAAGAACAACAUCGUGGACCCACCCAAGGCUAAAAAGCCAAUCAUUGGCCACUUUGAAUGCUAAUCAAACACUAGGCCAACUGCCAGAUGGAUGGGAACAAGGUGUUACCCCAGAAGGUGAGGUCUAUUACAUAAACCAUUUAACACAAACAACAACAUGGUAUGAUCCAAGAUUAAAUCGUAACCAAGGAAAUAACAGUUUCAUACAGGGUCAACCAAGUAAGACUCAGGAGCAAGUAAAUCUUCGAUAUCUCCAGUUGGAAAAGGAGAAGUUGAGACAAAGACAGCAGCAAAUAUUUCACCAGGAGAUGCUGAUUCAAAGACAGAUGACUAGUCAGGCAGAUCCCUCUGCAAGUGGUGCACCAUUGAUAAAUAGUCUCUGUGAGCAGAAGUUUGCCAAUUCAUCAGGAUUUGGGAAUGUUCAACACAAACGAGUUGGAUCUGCAGAUUCUGGCCUUGAUGGCAUGGGAUCAUUUUUAUCUCCUCCUCCUGCAGACAGUGAUGCCAUCGGUGUAGAUGAUGUAGACAUGGAAGGAAAUAUUCCACAGCAGCAACAUCAGAUGAAAGAAUCACUGACUAGGAGAUCAGAUCCAGGAAAUCUCAACCAAUUAAAUCAAACUAAUGCAGGACAUUUACCAGAUUUCCUUGAAAGAAUGCCGGCAACUAAUGUUGAUCUUGGCAUACUUGAAUCAGACACAGACUUUGGCACUGGUUUGGAACACCUACAGUCUGAGGUUCUAAAUGAUGUUGAUAUGAUCUUUUCACCUGCCACUAAUAAUAAAGGCAAAGAUGGCUUUCUAACGUGGCUUUAAUCUUUGAGCAAAUUAGAUGUAAGUCAACUUGCCUGGGAACAAUAAGAAAUUUCGUGACGUAAGGAAAACCCUUCCGUUCAGAAUGCUACGUAAUCAGUUCUGGUAGGGAAGGAAGAUCACAUCUUGGACACAUCGCUUCCCCAAGAUUGAGUAUGGAGAGCUUUAAUGCUAGUCACAUGAACUGGAAAUAUGACGUCAUACAUGAGAUGACAUUGCCACGUUAAUAUGCAUGCGUUAUUAAGCUAUAAGACUACUGAGUUUUGUUGCAAAGUCAACCAAAGUAUAAAUUUUGUGUCGUCUCCCUGUCUUUUUUUAUAUAUUCCCACUUUCCUCUCACUUUAUACAAUUAGAGGGUAACAAAUAAUAUGAAGGGAGAAUGUAUAAGAUUCAAGUCUCUUACAAACAAUUUUGGGAUAAAAACACAAUUCACAGUUGUCGAGCGCCCAAAUUUUCCAAAUAAGUUUAUUUAGCCUUGUGACCAGCGUGCGUUGCCUGUGAGAAGACGCCCCAGUUGUUCCUAUGAAGUCCAAAACAAAAUUUGUCAAUACAAAAGCCACAUGUAGCCACAUAUAUAGCCAAGUUCCUAAAAAGGAUUUGGCUGGAAUUUUAGGUUUAACUUUUGAUCUGCCAAAGGGUCCUUGAAGCCCGCUGUAUCUGUAUCAGUAGUGUUAUGCUUUUUACUAAAUCACGUUUUUAUAUAACAAAGAUUGUUAUUUUUAGUUGCUUGUUGUACUUCUAUCACCUUAUAACAGAUAAGUGUAUUAUUUAUUCCUCUUCGCAAAGCAUUUUUGUAGCAGGAGUUGCUCAACAGUUUGUUUCGAAUUGUCGUAAAUUUUCCAAGUUUGGAUAUUGUAGUUUGUACAAAUACUUUCAAGGGGAAUUUUCGAGUUGCAAAAACGACAAUUUAUUCGGAGAGCUGCUGAGCUGAGAUAACUAAAUUACAGCCUCGCUGCAGUUUUUAAUAUUAAGUCAUAGCUGUCAGAUAGUUCUGUUAUGUUUGUAUAAUAUACCUCCUAACUAUCAGUCCUCCGCAAAAGAAAUGACAAUUAACCAUUUACGGAAAGCACCUUUAAGGUCACAGACAAGCGAAGCAACUAUUGGAUUCCAAGCCGUCGCUGUUGAAAGGCUAAUGUUUGUAGUUAUUUAAGUGCAAAGAACAUUUUUGUAGUUUGAUAGCACCUUUGCUUUAAAUAUGUUGUCCAAUUGUGAAGUGAUAUUUUCGCAUAUAUCGAAAGUUGAACAUCGGAUUUUUAUAUUUCAAUUUUGAUAUUCGGGAUUUUUUAAGAAGUUGUUAAAAAUAAUAUGUUUUAGAAUGAUAGUUUGGCAUUUAUUCGCAUACUGAAA